CAUCAAGAACUUUGAAUUUCACUUCAGUAUCUUACCUAUUACCAUUUUAUAGAUGCUUCUUUCAGAUUGUUUCUCUGUGGCUAAUAUCACAAUCACUGUGUGGCAGGAAACUUGAGACACCAGAGACUGGUCCAGCAGUGGAUCACUCAGCUGGCUUCCUAGAGUUCAAGAAGAUGACCCAGGAGUUUCAUGAGGUGACGAAACAGAUAUACAUGAUCGGGAGCAACAUUGAAGAACAACAUAAACGUAUCCGAGAACAGCUGCUACAUAUCCGCCGAAAUGACGUUGACAAACUCCUGGCAGGCACAGACCCGCACCCUCUUAAGGACAACAAGUGGAAGGCUCACAUGUAUGAAAUACACGCAUUAGGCGACGAGUGGAGCCUCGAUCAGGAGCAGCCUCCGUGGGAAGACCGGUCACCACCUUCGAGAAUACCUCUACGUAUAUCGUCAAAUUUGAUCAAGUCACCUACUCGGAAAAAACCAGAGUGUCCGAAUGGCUUGAGACCUAAAAUGUGCUUAUGUCAGAAACCCAAAUGACUCUGCAUGGUAUAAUUCGAAUCAAAGAUAUGUUUUCCAAUUUUAUGACUCACUCCAUAGCAUGGGGGAUUGUGGGUUUCAGUUCAUUGCAUGAAUUGAAAAUGUGAUACACUCUGUUUCCAUAGAACAGGUGGAUAUUAUUCGAGUAGCAGAAAUAUAUUUUAUUGGAGUAUACUUUAGGAAAAGAGAACAUUUUUCAUAUUAAGAACAGUAACAGUGUCUUGAAAUUUUUACAACAUUUGUAGAGACGACCUUACCAACACGGGCCACCAGCUAACAUGUCCUCUGCGAGGAAGUUUGUGGUUUAGAGUGGAGAAGUACCUGCUUGCCUGAUGUCAUUUGGCUUAAUUGUGUGUGUAAUUGAAGCAUACUUUGUGUCAAAAAGCAAACUAAAAAUGUUACUUUCGAUCUGUGGCCACAUGAACACAAGAAACGAAAACCAAUAGGAAAGCUUAAAUUUUGGAAGUUCAUUUACAUAAACUGAGGACAUGACUUGUUCUGAAUCUGUACAAAACAUAUAUAUAACCAAAGCUCUAUGAUAUUUUGGAAGACUCACCCAAGAUGACUUUUAUGUGAAAGGUAAAUUCUAAUGGAUUAUCAUUUAUCAACAGUGCAGCACACAGAAGGUAUUUAUUUCAUAAACGAAUAUUUACAGUGCACCAAUGGAAAAUAAUCACCGCUGUCUACUUAUAAGUCGAUUAUAAAAUUUCGAAUAUAACUCGAGUACCUCAACAAUCCGAAAGUACCUCUAACGCUUACAAUCAUUAACACAAGGUACAAAAAUACACAUAAUGAUUACUUUCGGUUUUGAUAGGCACAACAGUAGAGCUGUCAAUCUAUGGUUUGCUAGAUUUUUAGAACACGAGCAAAUGGGCAAAUGUUACAUUUUUUUAAAUAUUGCAUUGCAGUUAAAUUAUGGGCUGCCACGUUUUAAAAAGGCACUUAAAAAACCUAAAACAUCUGACAAUAUAUAUGCUCAUCACCUUCUCAUAGUCGGUACAGUCAAAGUAACAACUGGCAGAACAAGACAUCUCUAAUAAUUUCGAUACAUUAAGCAUAACAGAGUUUAUCCUGUAAGGCUGUAAUGAUUGUGAAGAAAAGGACACUGUGAUGAAAUGGCAUAUUCACUUUCCCUCACUUGUGUCGCUACAGAUGUUCAUUUACUUAUAUGAUACAUAUUUGCAACAUACGUUUAUUAAUCACUCUUUUUAUUCAUCUGCUAACAGUGUACCAUAUACUGGAUGGAUAUAGUCAAUUGACAGUGAGGAUUAGUUACAAAAGAACUCCUUAUAUUUAAGUUCUUUACAGAUGUACAUGCAUACAGUCAUCUUAGUUCAACAAAUGUAAA